GCUCACCUCUCUCUCUCUCUCUCUCUCUAGUUGGGGUUAGGUGUGGAGACAAGUAAGACACACAACCAACAUGCCCACAAGCUAUUAAUUGGCAUGCUUUGAUUUAAAAGCUAGCUCCGUUAUCUUUUACAACUACAGACAUACAUUCAUUUCUGAUCAAUUCUGUGGAGUAGAGCUCAACUUGGUGGGUUUCUAUUAUCUGUUGUCGUCAUACUGAUGAAUGCCACAAUAUAAAUAUACGCAUAGAUGGGUGAUAAUCAGAAUAGUAGCUGCGCUGGCUCCUCCUCCUCCGCCGCCGCCACCAACAAUUACCACCACCACCUUCCCCGAGCCGCCCUUAAUCUCUCCAUCGACGUCGCCCUUCCUCGUUCCGCCUCCAAAUGCUUCGACGACGAUGGCCGCCCCAAACGUACAGGGAGUGUAUGGACGGCAAGCGCACACAUAGUGACGGCAGUGAUAGGGUCAGGGGUGCUGUCGCUGGCAUGGGCCAUAGCUCAGCUCGGCUGGAUCGCCGGCCCCACCGUCAUGUUCCUCUUCUCCUUCGUCGUCUACUACACCUCCUCCCUCCUCACCGACUGCUACCGCUCCGGCGACCCCAUCUCCGGCAAGCGCAACUACACUUACAUGGACGCCGUCAGUUCCAAUCUCGGAGGAGCUAAGGUGAAGCUAUGUGGGUUCAUUCAGUAUUUGGGUAUUUUUGGAGUCGCCAUUGGUUACACAAUUGCGGCUUCUAUUAGCAUUAUGGCAAUUAAGAGGUCAAAUUGCUUCCACGAGGGAGGGAGAAAGAAGCCAUGCCACACUUCCAGCAACCCAUACAUGAUCAUGUUUGGCAUUUCUGAGAUUGUGCUCUCCCAAAUCCCUGACUUCGAUCGCAUAUGGUGGCUCUCCAUCCUCGCUGCUGUCAUGUCUUUCACCUACUCUUCCAUCGGCCUCGGCCUCGGCAUAGCUAAAGUUGCAGGUAAUGGAAGUUUCAAGGGGAGUUUCACUGGGAUAAGCGUUGAGACAGUGACCCCAACACGGAAGAUAUGGAGAAGCUUCCAAGCCCUGGGAAACAUUGCUUUUGCCUACUCUUAUUCAAUCAUUCUCAUUGAAAUUCAGGACACAAUCAAAUCCCCACCGUCGGAAGCCAAGACAAUGAAGAAGGCAGCUCUGCUAAGCAUAGCGGUGACGACCACCUUCUACAUGCUGUGCGGCUGCAUGGGCUACGCCGCCUUCGGCGAUCAUGCGCCGGGCAACCUCCUCACCGGCUUCGGCUUCUACGAGCCCUUCUGGCUGGUCGACAUCGCCAACGCCGCCAUCGUCGUCCACCUCGUCGGCGCCUACCAGGUCUACUGCCAGCCCCUCUUCGCCUUCGUCGAGAAAUGGGCUGCCCGCUCCGACUUCCCCCUCACCAAAAUGGAGCUCCGAAUCCCAGUUCCCCUGUCCGGCUACGCCUACAGCCUCAGCCUCUUCAGGCUUUUCUGGCGAUCCGCCUUCGUCGUCGCCACCACCGUCAUCUCCAUGCUGCUCCCCUUCUUCAACGACGUCGUCGGCAUUCUUGGGGCCUUCGGGUUUUGGCCGCUCACCGUUUACUUUCCGGUCGAGAUGUACAUUGCGCAGAAGAAGAUUCCCCGGUGGAGCAACCGGUGGAUCUGCCUUCAGAUGCUGAGCCUUGCUUGUCUUGUGAUCUCCAUCGUCGCCGGUGCGGGGUCCGUCGCCGGCGUCGUGCUUGACCUGAAGAUCUACCGGCCGUUCAAGAUGACGUACUAGAUAAUUUGUUUUAAGUUGAAAUUGAUUCGAUGUCCUCCAGAGUUGCUCGUUCGCGAAAUCCGAUUGUAAAAUAACUCUGUGCGUGUAGCCAGCCGAUUGUGCAAAGCACAUGUUUUCAUUUC